AUGGAGGGAGUUACAGAUCAGAGUGUUCCGGAGUUAAGGGCAACGGCAGUGGCAGAUGUUUCGGUGACUGGAGCAGCGGUUGUCGCAGUGGCGGCCGCAGAAGGAUUGGUCGCCUCGGUGGUGGACCCCAAAGCAGCACAAGUGGCCACAGGAGGAAAUCAAACUGUAACAAACCAGCCAUGGGAUGCUCAUCUGGAAGAUCCGCGGCUGCAGACGGGCUACAGCUUCGUGCCAGAGAUGAGUUCGGAGGAGCGGCGUUCGGCGUUGAACCUUUGUGGCCCCCACGUCACCGAGUUCAUGGAAAAAUGUGAAUUCAUCAGUCUUGGAUGCUACUGCGCUCCGUCCUAUGCAAUGCAGCUUCUGAAUGUGCGAAAGAACUCAUAUCCAUUCGAUUGGACACGAAGUUCGCUCGAGGGCAUUUUGCACUGCAUGGAGAACAGGUUUGAGGAUUUCCUCACCUAUUCGACCUACAACAUGGUGGACCAGCACGUAGUCUUUGGUGGCACGCGUUGGGGUGGAUCCUUUUGGCAUCAUAACCUGGAAGCGCCGAUGACCGUUGAGGACAUGACAAGGCGCAUCCAUCGCUUCUUGGGCACCGGGGACGUGUCGCCCAAGGUGCCACGUGUCUUCGUUCGGAUCGUCAACUCCACGCGGGAGAUCAGCCAAGCUCUUCGCCUUCGUGAUUCCCUGAAGCAGCACUUCCCGGAAGCUCAGGUACCAAGGCGACAGGACUUCGGUCUCAUUUCGAUCCAGGAAAUCUACUUGCUGCUAUUGGUGGAGCUGCAGAUGGAGCGCGGCCCAAUUGCCGUGAGAUUUGUGGCAGUUUCUCUUUCAAUGGGCCUGUUGGUGUUGGGUGGCUUCUGGAUGCUGGGGAUUGAGGUUUUACAGAGGAGGAAUUUCGACAACAACCAGCACCCAACCGGCAUCCACUUUCAGUCAGCGGUGCCAGAUGUGCAGAGGCACUGGUCGGGGGCCACAGCCGUGAAGUGGUGGGCUGGUGAAGGUCUCGAAGGACAACAGGUUCGUAGCGUUGCAGCUUGGCCCGUGCUUUCGAAAUGCAUCUACCAGUUCGAUGGCGGUGACCCUGCAAGAGAGCUGUUUGUACCGCGCCGUUUCUGGGGACAGCAACUGAACACCUUCGGCGGUGCCAUGAUGGAGCGGCUCCUGUCGCUGACCCAGCAGCAGGCAUUCGUACUGCCAAUCGGAGUGGAUGCUUCCAAACCAUUCCCAGUGCAAUGCUUUGGACGCUAUCUUCAGGCUGGUGUUGUGGGUCCUGGUCGGAGAUGGCCGUCCCAAGCCGCUAAUUCUUGUUUCAUUUUCCACGUUCCAUCAUUGCUUGCUGGCAGAGGUACAAUUGCCGCCCUUUGCUCAGCAGGGUUUGGUGGUUCAGCUCUUUCUGAACAGCGGACAGCUAAGUGGCUCGGUGGUGACUCAGUGAUGGCAUGCCAAGUCGAGAAACUUUGGAAACAGCAAGUCAAAGACAGGUUAUGA